AUGGAGUUUAUUAAAGAGGAGUUUGAAGAAAUAAAGAUUGAAGAAACAUUCAGUGUGAAACAUGAAGAUAUUGAGGAACAAACAGAUCUAAUGGCACUGAAAGAGACGAGUCAUGAACUUAAUGAAAGGCAAGAAGAGGAAGAACAUUAUUAUAAACAUCAUGAUUUCAUGACUGGGGAAAGACCAACACAGGCUUCCUCACAAGAAAGAGCUCAAAAGACUGGAACUAAAAGUUUCUUCACCUGCCAACAGUGUGGAAAGAGUUUCAGACAUAAAAAAACCUUUAAAGUUCACAUGAGAAUUCACACUGGAGAAGAGCUUUACAUCUGCCAAGAGUGUGGAAAGAGUUUCAAUCAAAAGGGAAGCCUUACAGCCCACAUGAGAAUUCACACUGGAGAAAAGCCUUAUACUUGCCAACAAUGUGGACAGAGUUUCAGUCAAAAGGGAAACCUUAUAGGCCACAUGAGAAUUCACACUGGAGAAAAGCCGUUUAUCUGCCGACAAUGUGGACAGAGUUUCAGUCAAAAGGGAAGCCUUACAGUCCACAUGAGAGUUCACACUGGAGAAAAGCCUUACACCUGUCAAGAGUGUGAAAAGAGUUUCAGUAGAAAAGGAAAACUUGAAAACCACAUGAGAAUUCACACUGGAGAUAAAACUUUUACCUGCCAACAAUGUGGACAGAGUUUCAGACAUAAAAAAACCUUUAAAUACCACAUGAGAAUUCACACUGGAGAAGAUCUUUACAUCUGUCAAGAGUGUGGAAUGAGUUUCAAUCGAAAGGGAAGCCUUACAGUCCACAUGAGAAUUCACACUGGAGAAAAGCCUUAUACCUGCCAACAAUGUGGACAGAGUUUCAGUCAAAAGGGAAGCCUUACAGUCCACAUGAGAAUUCACACUGGAGAAAAAGUUCACACCUGUCAAGAGUGUGAAAAGAGUUUCAGUAGAAAAGGAAAACUUGAAAACCACAUGAGAAUUCACACUGGAGAAAAGCCUUUCACCUGCCAACAAUGUGGACAGAGUUUCACACAUAAAGGAAGCCUUAAAGUCCACAUGAGAAUUCACACUGGAGAGAAGCCUUACACCUGCCUACAGUGUGGAAAGAGUUUCACACGUGAAGAACACCUUAUAGUCCACAUGAGAACUCACACUGGAGAGAAACCUUUCACCUGCCUACAGUGUGGACAGAGUUUCAGUCAAAAAGGAAGCCUUAAAGACCACAUGAGAAUUCACACUGGGGAGAAACCUUUCACCUGCCAACAAUGUGGACGGAGUUUCACACAUAAAGGAAGCCUUAAAGUCCACAUGAUAAUUCAUACUGGAGAGAAGCCUUAA